AAAUUAAACGCUAAGAAAAAACGUCCAAAAUUUGUAAUCAGCGUUAAAUCAAACGCUUCCAUAUUUUCAACAUACUCGCGUGUGUAGUGUUGGAUUUCUUUCUUUUUUUGUAGUAAUUGCUAAAAUAUUUCUUUCUGAAUGCAGAUACGAAAAAGAAAAAGAAAAAAUUGAACUUUCCCCAACCUAUAUACAGUAUAUGUAUAUGUUGUUUUGAAAUUGUUUAUGAGAAAUUUACACGUCAAGCGGCAAAAAAGACUUGUGGUGGAGAGUGUAAUGUAUAUACCGGAUAAGGUUUGGUUAGACUAAGACCAGAGCUUCUUUCUGGCUCUGGAGAAUCAUCAAUCAUCAUCAUCCAUGACUGAAUCAUCCUCUGUACGUUGUCUAGUCUCUCCAAAUCUCCUGAAUACUAAGAAGAAAGUUUCUCCACGCCCUCAUUUGCUUCCUAUUUCUUCUCUCUCAAGGAAACACGAAGCUUCUUCUUCGGCAGCAAUUAAUGGAGGAGGGAGCUCAAGAACAGUGAAGCGUCUGAUAACAUUAUCUCCUUCUGAAGGAAAAUGGAAUGGUAACUGGAACACUCACUACAAUGUCUCUCUGCGUGAUCUUCAACUCCAAGAUCUCGUUGAAGAUGGCCCUACUAAUCCUCGUGUCUCCGUCCAUCUCUCUGUCCAAAGGCACGCAAGUAUGGGACUUUCUGUAGAUGGAAGAAUCGUUACAUCUUUCUCAAGAAAGUGCAGCAUUUGCUCCUCUGCUUAUCCUCGACUGAUCGAUACAAAUUUCACUGUCUGGAUUUUGCCGUCAAGUCGGGAAAAUCGAGCUUCACAAAUGCCAGAAAUUGGCGGUGAUGAUCCUUCCGUAAUAUAUGUAAGACCUGGAUAUGAAGCUAAUCUUGAUUCCCUUGUACAAGACACUAUCCGGCUCACAACUUACGCUAAAGAUAUAUGCUCGGAUUCCUGCGAAAAAUCGGAACCUACACUGCAUUAUGUUGGUGAGACAAAUACAGCUUCUGUUCAUAAGAGAUGGUCAAGACUACUUGAGCUUAAGACGAAGAAGUAGAAACCUUUAGAUCUUUGAAACUCUUUUUCAAUAUUCAGUAUUAUCGAAGUCUCAUAAAAGAUUUUGAUGUUCAUAUCUAGAUAUAUACAAAAAGAAAUACAAAUCGACUUGGGACAAGAAAUGUAAUGCUUCUAUAGAGAUGUUAUACGCAUCUGGUUUGAACAAAUUUGUAACAAUUCUAUUGAGGUUAGAUUCUUCU